AUGCGGCCAGCGUGGCUGGCAUGGGCGUUGACCCUUGCCGCCCCGGCCCUCUCAGAGGCUGCCCCGCCAGGCAAUCGGAAAGAUGCAGUCAUCGCAGCAGACGCUGUUCAGGGAGAGUCGUCAGCAGAAGGAGGAGAAGGCGUUGAUUAUACCAUCUUCAACGGCAUCAAGGUCCCGCCCUUUAAGUUGUUGACUAUGGAUAAUUUCGAGUCCACCAUCAAAGAUGGUAACUGGUGGAUCAAGAACUUCUCGCCCUACUGCGGGCAUUGCAAAGCAGUAGCUCCCCUUUGGCAGACGAUAUACGAGUUCUACUACACAUCAGAUCCUCUCGAGGGCAUGACCAAAGCCGAACAACCCGAUCUCGAUUCACCAAAUUCCUUCCAUGGCUAUUACAAUUUCCACUUCGCGGCGGUCGACUGCGUCGUCCAGGGCGAUCUUUGCCAGAAGCUCGGAAUCAAGGCGUAUCCGACUUUCAAUCUCUACAAGAAUGGAGAGUUCGUCGAAAAGUUCGAGGGCACCAAGAACAUGCAAGGCUUCAGCGACUAUCUUGAAGAGAAGCUAGAACAAAUCAAACCAGGAUCGCGGCCUAGAGGAGGCGUCCGCGUUCCUCAACCUGGCGCAAAGAGCUCCGAUGAGGGCGCCGCCGCCCCCGAAACGCCUGUGGCUAAGGACAAGGAUCCGGCGGCUGGUGCAGCGGCCGGCGAGAAGCACAACGAGAAGGCUCAGUUGCUGGAGGCAACCCAAUCUACCACCGCGCUUUCCUCUUCCGAAACGGCCAAAAAUGGCAGAAAGGCUCCUCCCAAGAAGGUCGUCACACCCAACCUCAACGGCCAAUCCAUACCGUUGGAUGCGGAGUCCUUCCAGAAACUGGUCACAACCUCACAGGACCCAUGGUUCAUCAAGUUCUUCGUUCCUUGGUGCCCUCAUUGCCAACAUUUGGCUCCAACCUGGAUGCAGCUUGCCAAGGAAAUGGAGGGUAAGCUCAACAUUGGCGAGGUGAAUUGUGAGGCUACGCCGCGCCUGUGCAAGGAUGCCCGUGUUAGUGCUUAUCCGACCAUUUACUUCUUCCGAGGUGGUGAGCGUGUCGAAUACAAUGGCCUCCGUGGUCUGGGCGAUCUGAUUUCCUUUACGGGCAAGGCUCUCGACAGCGACGUCAAGUACGUCAACGCAGCAGCUUUCAAGGAGAUGGAGGAAACAGAGGAGGUCAUCUUCACCUAUUUCUUCGACCAUGCGACUACCAGUGAGGACUUCGCCGCGCUCGACAGGCUGACUCUCAGCCUGAUUGGUCAUGGCAAGAUCGUGAAGACGGACGAUCCGAUCUUGGCCAACCGCUUCAAGAUCUCGACAUGGCCUCGUCUGGUUGUUUCUAGAGAUGGUCGGCCCAGCUAUUACACAGCUUUGUCUCCACAGGACAUGCGAGACUUCCGCAAAGUGCUACAAUGGAUGCAAUCUGUGUGGCAACCGCUUGUUCCUGAGCUAACGGCUACCAAUGCUAAGGAAAUCCUCAACGGACGAUAUGCUGUUCUUGGCGUCCUUGAUCGGUCUCGACCAGAUGAGUUCCUGCAGUCCCGACGAGAGCUCAAGAACGCGGCUUUGGAAUGGAUGGACAAGCAGACCCAGCUUUUCCAACUGGAACGCCAGGAAUUGCGGGAUUCGAAGCAGCUUCGAAUUGAGGAGGCGGAAGAUCGGGAUGACCAGCGAGCCCUGCGUCAAGCUAAGAGCAUGGUCAUUAGCAUCACCGAGGAUGACUUCCGGAAGGGAGUGAACUUCGCAUGGGUUGAUGGCGUGUUCUGGGAGCGGUGGCUGAGAAGCACCUAUGGCAUUGACGUAUCCAAGGGUGAGAGGGUCAUUAUCAACGACGAAGACAACCGCCGCUACUGGGAUCAGACAGACACCGGCAACUUCAUCGUACCUUCACGAACAUCUAUCCUGGAAACCCUACCUCGUGUCGUGAGCAACCCACCACGGCUGACGUCGAAGUCGACCAUCGGCGCGUUCGAGAAUGUUAUUUUCCAAAUCAGAAAUUUCGGCACCUACCACCCCUAUCUGAGCGUCAUCGUGCUGAUCGGCGCGAUCGUCGGCCUCUUCAGCAUCAUGAGGAAUGGCAGCAGAAUCAAGAACUUUGGUGGCCGAGAGAGGGGCUUUAUCAGGUUAGAUGGCAAGGAAGGUAUUUUGGGCACCGGAGCUGUCAACGGCAAGGCCGAUUGA